GACUGCCUUGUACAUUCACCUAUGCAGUCCAGCCAACGAGUGCCCCAGGAUCUCGUUGCGAUAUUUCACGCCUCAUUCCACCCCACGAAGGGUAGUCUCAUAGACUGGUCUCUGAGAGCCAGCGACGACUUGGACCUCACGAAUGUGGAAUUCAGUUGCCUGCCGAGCGGUCUGCAUCUAGUGGAGGAAGACGUAGUCUACUUUUCGAAAGACUCGCACCAGGGCGUCUGUGUGUUCCGCCGCAGGAAGACGACUGAGCACGGUCACCGCGGCUUCCGCCUGUCCUCUCUCGGUAUCCUGCUUGCCAAAUCUGCACGCCCACGGCCGUGGCGGCAUGUCGCGGCUCUCAAGGACCUGGUCCACAGAAUAUACUCCGUACUGGAGGACAGGGGUGUCCUAGAGCCGAGGGAGGAGGAUUGGGAGCCCGCUCGGGCGUUCUUCGAGCAGCGGAAGGUGCGCCGAGUUGAUCUGGCAGGCGCAGGGGACUGGAACGGUUGGAGUCACGAGUUCGAUGGUCCGUCCUCUGACCUUCACAGUAUCCACCCGACCAUGCACCUUCCGCACCUCCUGCGUAUCCUGGGCCCAUCUUCCUUAACAUUGUAUAAACAUAUUUUCGGGCGGCGCCGUAUUCUGAUCUUCACCCUACCCCCAGUCGAAGCAUCCUGUAUUCUGUGCCAGGUCGCCGCCGACAUGUGUUUGGACAGCCAAGUAGAUAGCGAUGUGGAUACCGAGGGUGAUCGACCGGGAAGGCUCAGGGGGAGAUGUCGAGAAGGCGUGAAGGUCCUAGGAAUGGUGACCCUGAACGACCUGGACAAACUGCACCAGGAAAGUCAGACAGGACGAGGGUGGAUCGCAUGUACAACUGACGCUAUAUUUCUCGAGAAACCUUCGUAUUACGACCUCAUCAUUGAUCUAACGACUUCCACUCCUUCCAAAGCGACACGACCGACUUUCUAUGUAUCACGCCCCAACCAGCCUUCGAGCUCGAAGGGACCGAGUCACAGACUGUCACCAAUACGAUUUACCUGGAGCGACGUCAAAUUGUGGAAUGAAAUCGAUCGUCUCCUAGAAAUUGAUGCGGCGGACAGGGACCCAAUACACCACCAUGCCUGCUGUGCACCAGGUUCGCAUUCAGGGGCGGAGGGCGUGAACUCCAAGGCUCCCGGGAAGCUCCCGCCUGCGUGGACAGAUGUCUGGCGAAUCUACGAAGACGUGUGCCUCGUAUGCGCCGGCCUGUGGUUGGGCGCGUGGCGGAACAACUCGACCAUGUCGUAUUCCACUGUUGGCCAAGAGGGCUCUUCUGCCCCGAGCAACUGGGGCAGCGUCAGGCUGGAGGGGGACGAUGACCUGACUGUGAGCGGGACCUACGUGCGGAACGUGGGCAUGGGCAUUGAGGGGAGGCCCGCGAGCGAGUCUAGCGAGGGAUCCGCGAAGAAGCCGAAGAGCAUGAGAAGGAACAGCGGGAUGUCGCUCGCGACGAUGAAGGACAAGAAGCGGAAGGACGCAUCGUCCUCGACGACGGUCCCCGCGGGCGCAGACGACCGGGACGUGCUCACGACGAUGGCGCUGCUGCAGACGUUCCAUGCGAACACGCGCUUCCUGCUCUCGCGCCUCGCGGCGUACGUCCCAAGCUCGGACGCGGACGCGAUCCCCUCGUCGAUCGUGCUCACCCCGAAGGAUAUCCUCACGUUCGAGCUCGGCCCGCUGAGCAGCCUUGACGCGCGGUUCCUUGAGUGGCUGACGGAGGAGUACGGGGGCGGGGUCAGGGUGAGCGUGAGGAAGGGCUGGCGGGAUCUCGUCGGGCUUGUACUGGGACUCGGGUGAAGAUGGGUUGUAGUUGGGUUGAUGCUGGUAUGGUCUGUCUAUCUAUGUGGAAGCUUGGAUACCCCUCGGACGUGGACUGCCUUGACUAUGGUGUUGGUGCAGUCAUAACGCUAAUGGAUUAUGCUCUAUAUGCAGAUUUACAUUUGUACAAUCAAUAGCAAAAGCACGAGUUUAUAUGUUAGUGAGUUUGUUCAUAAGCGGACUGAAAUGCACUUUAGUGCCAGCGGGAGACCCUUUCAUCCUCGUAAGCAUCUUCGGUGUAACCUUCAUAAUCUGCUUUGAAAGUCGAGCCAGAGAAAGCCUUGCUGUUCACCCUCCUGCCUUCGAUAUUCCAGGUUCCGUACGUGCUCGCGAAGACACCGGUAAACUUAGUCUUACCGCUGUCAAAGCUGAUUUUCCCGCAAUUGUAGUCACCAGCGAUCUGCAUCUGGCCCUCGCCC